GAAAGAUAAAAGAAACCGAACGAAAGAACGAAAGAACGAAAGAAAGAAAGAGAGGAGGAAUGGAGCUCUUCUCGUUGAGUUCUCCUGCUGCCAUGACCCGCCUCCCCCCAUCUUCACGGAGAAGAGCUGGAAUGGAGAAGCCCACCUCCUCCUCCAGUCAAUCACUCACCCUUCCUAUCAAAAGCAGGGGGCUUCCAGAUGCCCCAAACCCCCGGCUCCUGGACUUCCGGCCUGGAGCUUCUGGAUCCAUGCAAGGUACAGCUGCAGCCAGUUCCAGCACCGCGGACGCCCGUAAACAGGAAAUGUGCUCAAAGGAUGCAAAUCUUGUAUUCGUUGCUGGCGCAACUGGUAGAGUUGGUUCGCGCACUGUAAGGGAGCUUCUGAGACUUGGGUUUCGGGUAAGAGCAGGUGUCAGAAGUGCACAGAGAGCGGAGACCCUGGUGCAGAGUGUACGCCAAAUGAAGCUUGAUGAUGGAGCUGGAACUUCGGGAACUCGACCUGUAGAGAAGCUUGAACUUGUUGAAUGUGACCUGGAAAAUCAAGGUGAAAUAAGUCCAGCAAUAGGCAAUUCCUCCAUAGUUGUAUGCUGCAUAGGAGCCAGCGAAAAGGAAAUCUUUGAUGUAACAGGACCAUACCGCAUUGACUACAAAGCUACUAAAAACCUCAUUGAAGCAGCAACUAUUGCAAAAGUUGACCACUUCAUUCUGCUUACUUCUCUGGGGACGAAUAAGAUUGGGUUUCCUGCUUCUAUUCUGAACUUGUUUUGGGGGGUUCUAAUUUGGAAAAGAAAGGCAGAAGAAGCAUUACUUGCCAGUGGUCUUCCUUACACAAUAGUGAGGCCAGGAGGUAUGGAGCGGCCAACAGACUCCUACAAGGAAACCCAUAACAUUGUCCUUGCAAAUGAAGAUACAUUAUUUGGUGGUCAAGUGUCAAAUCUUCAGGUUGCAGAGCUAAUGGCGUUCAUGGCAAAGAAUAGAAAGCUCUCCUUCUGUAAGGUGGUGGAAGUGAUUGCAGAAACAACUGCACCAUUAUUGCCCAUGGAAGAUCUUCUUGCAAAGAUUCCUCCACAACGGGAGCUACCAGCGGAAUUCAAGAAAGAUCCUGCACCUCCAAGUAUUACAUCUGGACCUAGCAAAUCUGUCAUCAAGAAUGGACCUGAGCAGAUGGAAGUGCCAAAGACCAGUCCACUUUCUCCUUAUUCUAUGUAUGAGGAUUUGAGACCACCAACUUCUCCCACACCAACUCCAAGCACCACAACUAGAAGUGCAAAAGAGAAACAAGAGGAGUUUGUGCAAGCUAAGUCUGCGCCUAAACUUACAUCUCCUGAAACAAGUUCAUCCGUAUCGACAGGUGUCACUAAGAAAGAACCAGCCCAAGCUCCAGCUCAGACAAGGGCUCUUUCUCCUUAUGUGGCAUACGAAGAUUUGAAACCACCUACCUCUCCUACUCCAACUCCGAGUUCUGUCCUCGGCAGUUUCAAGGAGAAUACCAUGAAUGCCACACCACCAUCAGUUCCUCAAAGCUCAAGACAUCAAUCACCCUAUCCAGUGUCCGAGCCUCCUGCUUCACCAUCUCCAAAUGCUUCAGCUGCUGUGUCAUCCAUUUCAGCAUUGGCUAAUGAUGGUAAUCCCCUCACAUCCACAUCCAGCAUUUCUCAGACUCCGACUGCGAAUAUAUCAUCAGAAGCGCAGCAUGUUAAGCAACAGAAAGAGCAGGCCCUUUCACCAUUUACAAUGUAUGAAGAUUUGAAGCCUCCAAGCUCACCUUUGCCAUCAGUUCCAAAAUAUUAGUUCAGUUGCGAGGUAGAAAACAGAAACAUCUCUUUCUUUGUGAAUGUAAGCAAAACAUUGCAGAGGUUGCGACCGGCAGGUUAUCUGUUUUUGUAGAAUAUCUCCCUUGCUUGUACACGGACAAGAAUUUCCUAUAACCGUUCAAUGACUCUUGCUUGAAACUGACUUUUAAAAGGACAGCAGGAAAUUUAUGGAAGAAGA